CGGAGUCGCAUCGGUGACGUUGCGUCUCCGUCGACGUCAUCAGCACUCGCCGCGAGUGUCUAAGGGGCUUGGGCUCUCGGCUGGGAGACGUGACCCGCAAUGCUGCGGUUGUUCCGGGCCGCUUCUCAGGCCUGGGUUCGACCCCCCGGCUCCCGGGUCCUCAGCUCGCUGGCGGAAGGCGCGGCGCGGCCGGCCGAGAGCUCGCAGCCGGGGGCUACCGCGGGUCUCCUAGAUCCCGUGGUGCGCAAGUGCGAGCUCCGAAUCCCGGCGCACCGGCGCCCGGUGCACGCCUGGGUCGAGUCACUGCGAGGCUUCGAGCAGGAGCGCGUCGGCCUAGCGGAGCUGCACCCUGAUGUGUUUGCCACGGCGCCCCGGCUGGACAUUCUGCACCAGGUUGCCACCUGGCAGAAGAACUUCAAGAGAAUUAGCUAUGCUAAAACCAAGACCAGGGCUGAGGUGAGUGGUGGUGGCCGCAAGCCCUGGCAACAGAAAGGCAGUGGCCGUGCCCGGCAUGGCAGCAUCCGGUCCCCCUUAUGGCGGGGAGGAGGAGUAGCCCAUGGUCCCCGGGGUCCUACAAGUUACUACUACAUGUUGCCCAUGAAAGUACGGGCACUGGGCCUCAAAGCGGCCUUGACUGUCAAGCUGAUGCAGGAUGACCUACACAUCGUGGAUUCCCUGGAGCUGCCCACUGCAGACCCUCAGUACCUGACAGAACUGGCCCAGUACCGACACUGGGGGAGUUCUGUGCUCCUUGUAGACUUGACACAUGAGGAAGCGCCCAAGAAUGUUGUGGCAGCCACCUCCAGGCUCAAGAGCUUCAACCUGAUCCCUGCAGUUGGCCUGAAUGUGUACAGCAUGCUCAAACACCAGACUCUGGUUCUCACCCUGCCUUCCAUCGCCUUCUUGGAGGACAAGCUACUCUGGCAGGAUUCGAGAUACACUCCACUCUACCCCUUCCGCUUUCCCUACAAUGACUUCCCCUGACCCUGCCCUGGUCACCUAGAAGCACACCCCACUUGGGGGCCAAGUCAGCAUACCAGCCUUCCUGUAAAAAAGCUAUUCCCUGGAAGCUGCUGGGCCUUGGUGCCAGGAGGGGAUAACUGCACAGAGCCAAGAUGGCUGCCUGCCUGUCACAUUAAAAAAAUAAAGCCUAUUUUUCACAAGACUUGAAAAUGGAGCUGGUCGUUGAGUAUGGGAUUCUAUCAGCUCUUGGGCUGUUCAUCUAGUGCUGGGGAUCCUAGGUGCCUCUUCUCCAGGCCUCAAACCUGCUUUGAUGACAGCCUUGGGGCUGCCAAUACCAGUUGCCAAGAGGACCUUCUUCCUGCUGAGGCAGAUGCUGGAGUGUGCAUAGGUGCCAAGCCAGCAACCUGUAUUCCCUCUGGAAGGGUCUGCCACCUGUGUGACAUGCAAGCUUACUCUAACAUCUUUCUUCAGGCCCAGAAUCAAACAAUCUUGUGUUUUUGUAAUAAAACAAAUUUGUUGAAAGACAUCA